AAAGAAUGUAUGAUUGACACGACAUCAAAGUCACCAAAGGCAACCACAAUUAUUCCGCUUGGAGAGUUUUAAGAUUAAUCUUGUCGAUCUUGCCAAGUCGCCUGCUCCUCUGAAAUAUCGAAUAAGAAACAAUGGUACAACCCCGCUUUUUGUCAAAAUCAAAAUAUGUCGCACGAUCUUUUGUUCAAUUAAGGAGCUUCAGUAUUUCUUAUCCUACUAGAUCUUCCCAAUUAUCUGUUGCGAAAUUACUUGGAACAUCUCCCGAAAAUGUAGAUGAGGUUCAAGUCAAUGUCAAUGGCUUUAUUCGUUCAAUUAGGAACCAAAAAAAGAUAUCGUUUGCUUCAAUUGGCGAUGGCUCAAGUGUGCAACCGUUACAAGCUCUUCUUACUCCGCAACAAGCUGAAAGACUUUCAACGGGUACAGCUGUACGCCUCACCGGAUACUGGAAACCUUCCCCGAACCAGAAGGCACAAAGCAAUGAAUUACAUGUGCUUGAAGUAGAUGUUUUAGGUGCCGCGGAUCCCGCCACAUUUCCGCUACAGAACAAAUACCAUACGCCUGAAUACCUUCGCACCAUUCCUCAUUUGCGGACGCGGACGCCCUUCAAUUCAGCAUUACUUCGAUUCCGAUCGCAAAGUAUAGCUUCUCUGACACAAUUCUUUGCUGAACAGGAUUACGUUCAAACGCAUCCUCCUAUAAUUACAUCUUCAGAUUGUGAAGGCGCGGGGGAAGUUUUUGAGGUCGGUAGCGCGCACAAAGGACCAGUUGGGAAAGGUGAUGAUGGAACAUUCUUCAGAUCGCCAAAAUACUUGACUGUUUCGAGUCAACUGCACUUGGAGGCUUUGGCCCAAUCAGUAGGAAGAGUAUGGACAUUAUCCCCUACAUUUCGAGCCGAGAAAAGUGAUACGCCACGACACUUGAGCGAGUUCUACAUGUUGGAAGCAGAGUGCAGUUUCGUUGAAAAAAUGGAUGAAAUUAUGGAUCUUGUGGAAAACAUGCUGAGACAUUUGACAACGAAUCUAUAUUCUACUCAAGUCGGGAGAGAAAUAUUAGAAUCGAAGCGAAGCGGAGAUGAGGAGAAAGAUACAAUAAGCAGAAGACAUGAAUUGACCCGAAGAUGGGAAGGUAUGAUGAAGGCGCCCUGGCCGCGGAUCACUUAUGCGCAAGCAAUCGAAGAACUUGAAAAUAGUGGCCAAACUUUUGAACAUCCUCCUGCUUGGGGUUCAGGUCUUCAAGCUGAACACGAGCGAUAUAUCGCCAAUAAGGUCGGACUUGGAUCGCCUGUUUUCGUAACAGACUAUCCAAAAAGCAUCAAACCAUUUUAUAUGCUAUCUUCAGAAAAUUCGCGUGCAGGAGGAACGCAGGAGACUGUCCAGUGCUUUGAUCUUCUAGUUCCAGAAGCAUGUGAAAUUGUAGGUGGAUCUAUGCGUGAGUAUAGAUUGCCAGAACUCAUCUCUGCAAUGCGAGCGAAUGGUAUGUUACGAGGUGAUGCAGGGGAAGAAGAAUUUGGUUCCUUGAAAUGGUACGCAGAACUGAGGCGAUGGGGAAGCGUACCUCAUGGAGGGUUCGGCUUGGGAUUCGAUAGAUUGCUAGGGUAUCUCUCUGGUGUCCAGAACAUCAGAGAGAUAGUCGCAUUUCCAAGGUGGGUUGGGAGAUGCGAUUGCUGAAAUGAAUCAACAUGGCGCAUUGUGGUUUCAAGGCGAGGAUCAGCAACCCCGAGAUAGCUUUGCCACGAGGCUUUCUUAGGGAAGCCCGAUCGACACGAUUAUACGACAAUCUCUUGACAACAGGAAAAUGCCUCGCUGUAGGCGACCUGAGAGGCAAGAAUUAUUACAAUUCAGUGCAUCUUUUCACUCUACCAACACACUCUAGUGAUGAUGCCAUCUUCGGAUGAUGCUUGUCUACACCAACUUCAGCAUAAUCGCUACAAAGUCAGCUUCGCCUCCUUGCGAAAUGUCAUAUGACGUUGUUUGCUCGCCGCCAUCCUCUCCACUCCCUAGCUUUCAACUAACUAAUCAACAAACCCUCAACCGCUUUUUUCCCUUAAAUGAUACAAAUUGAAAGCGCUUGACUAAGAUGUCAAGUUAGAAUCCUCUCCACAUAACUGAAAACUUACCGCAAAUCUUUACCGAAACCAUAAUUGCGAACGUGUGCCCCCAAACUACAACAGUGUAUCUAACUCCAGGUGUUGCACAUCCGAAUCUUCAACAAGAUUCAUUCUGAUUCCAGCCUCAUUCGCAUGUGCAUGCCCCUGGCCCCCAGCUCGAGCUUUCGGCGGGCCACGGAAAUGGUGUAUGAUUAUCUAUUCACAGGUCAUUUGAAUUUGACAAAUCGAUUGUAAAAGGUCGCGUUCUCAUUUCAGAGGUACAGUAGGUGCCCGCAUAAAGUUUGCGGGCUAUGCAUAGAAGUUUGUGUUAGGUUAAAGUUUAUAGUUAACGGAACGGGUGGAUCAAUUUGGCCGGGUUCUCUAUACCUGAUUGUUUACAGACCCCAGAAGUAAAGAUUCGUUUCAAUACCUAUCUGAGUUUAAUUACUGAACAUUAGUGUUGCCGUUUUUUUUCGCAUUAAAUACUCUCCAUCAUUUUCAUACCAACAAUAGAAGCACUAAAUGGUUUGGAAAUUGAAAAGGGCGUGAAUAUUCUGGUUGAAGUGUGUAGCACUGCAUUCAUAUCAGUUGGUGAUUGUGCACUGCAAGAGUAGCAUCUAACAUAUCGUCACAUCGAAGAAAAAGCCCUCACGCAAAGUCACCGAUACCCCUCGAAUUCAGGAUAUCGAUUCACCAGAUUCUGAAUCUCCUUGUUUCAAUGACCAACGAAUAUCACGCCGGUGUAUGAGAUGAAGCUUACUUUCCAAUCGUCAAGACUACCUAGGUCGAUGUUGAAAUAAUGGAAUUUCGGAAAUCCAACCGAAUGUCAAUAACACAGGGAAUAGGGUAACUUCCUAUAGGCUGCCAAGAUCUGAGAUGUGAGAGGAUCCAUUGAUAGAUAUAUCAGAUGUGAUGAAGAUACGGAAGGGCCAGGGAAUUCACCCAUUUUGGGUUGCUAGACUAUGUGAUUAACAACUUCCGACACGUCGUUGAAGCAUAGCCUUGAUAGUUUCGAAAGUGUAAAAGUCGAAAGAGCAUAUUGUUUUAAUUUAUCCGCCAGCCUUAGACAAGCGCCGAAGCGCAAUCUGGAACAUGAACUGACGAUCCCGGAUGGCUAGUUUGGGUAAUUUCGACCGACACGCAACACCUUGUGUUUUGCAGUGCCUCUUGGGUAGCUAUGUAACUCGGCGUGGGUUUUAGGUGGGCAGGCAGGCGCUGCGCUUUGUAGGCUGAGAAUUAAGCGCCACGACCCCGCAUGCACACGUUUGUCUCGACUUCAAGUCAAGUUUGACGGAAAGUUACAUUUAUUAUAUUCCUGUUUUACGCGAGCUUAUUUU